CCUACAACAAUGUAUAUUCAAUACUCAAAGAUUAAUCUCGCUUUAAAGUUCAAUUGUGAACUAAAGAAAAAGAAGAAGAACAUUCGAAAAAGGCGCAACAAUAGUUUGUCAAUUUCAAUUUAUAUAUUAUUCACUUAUUAUAUACACAUAUAUAUUUUAAACUUCAAAAUAAAAAUAUGCAGGCGCCAAUUUUAACAGAUACUGAAGCAGAAACUACUGUAGAGCUAGAUGAGUCUGUACUCAAUCACGCCUCACAACCCACAAACGCCACUAAAAGCAUAUUUAAUAUAACAUUAAAUGACGACCGUGACGAUCAGGAAGAUGUCGAAGUGAAGAGUUAUGAAGAGCGUUUGAGACAGGAGAUUAAAGAGUGGAGUACACUCUGGCGUGAUUCCAUUCAACAACUAAAGACGUUUAAACUAAAGUCUCAUCCGAUUAUUGACACAUCUAUAUUGUCGCCACAAAAUCGUGCGUACUUGGAGAAUGCUCCUGAUUUGCAAAGAUUCAUACGCGAAUCAAUCGAGUUUCGUCAAAAAGCAUAUAUAUUUAUGGAGAAAGACUAUGCACAAUUUCAAGUUGUUUUAAGAAAUGUUAUGGAGGUAUGCGAGCACAAUGCAUUUAUCAAAAAAGAAACCAAAAUUGAAGAAAAUUUAGCAAAUAAACAAACAUAAGGUUUAUUUUACCAAAAAGGCUAAA